UUUUAUUGUGAAGCGGUAUUUCCGGGGUACAGUUUCUCAGCAGCGACCAACCUCAGCAUAACAUCUGACACAAAUCUAACAGCUGAUCAGAUCAGAUUUAUUUUACCGACAGAAACCGUUAAUAAUUCAAACUACAGACGGAAGUAAAGUAAACGUUAAUGACCGGAAACAGAGACCUACAGGAGACAGGACGCAGCGCGACAACACGUUAGUGUAGCGCCCCCUGACAUCAAGAGACAGAACUGCAGGAUGAGCUCACUGCAAAGGCGUCAGCUGAGUCAGCUGCUGGCAGUAUGGAGGCUGAAGAGCAGGGUGGAGGUUUCACUGUGGCCGGCUGCUACCCAUCACUGCAGGACCCUCUGCAGCACCACCACACAACCAGGAGACCCCAUAGAGGUCCACAGGAGGAAACUGUUCCUGUGGUUCAGUCACCUACCCCAGGAGGAGAAACAGUUUGGGGGUUACUUUAGUCCAGAGACCAUGCACGUGGACCCCCUGAUCCUGGAGAGAAAGACCGAGGACAGAGCAGGUCUGCACUGCUCCCCACUCCAAACACAAGGUCCCUCCACACCCUCGAUCACCGUGGAGCAGCUGUUUGACCCCGCCGCCUCCUGCUGCGAGGGCCGGGGCCUCAACGUGCUCCUGUACGGGGCUGUGGGGACAGGGAAGAGCACGAUGGUCAGGAAACUGGUCCUGGACUGGUGCAGAGGGACCACCCUGACCCAGUUCAAGCUGCUGGUUCCUUUCUCCUGUGAGGACCUGGGACAGCUGGCAAAGGCCAGCUCCUUACGGGACCUGGUGAGCAGGAAGUACCUCCACCUAAGGAAGCACCCCCUGCUGAGCGGCGAGGGGGAACAGGCCAAGGACGUGCUCUUCCUCUUCAACGGGAUGGAGAAAAUGAAGCUGGACUUCAGGAUCGGAGCCUCAGAGCUCUGCAGUGAUCCCAACGAACCGCUGCCUCCAGGUGUGCUUGUGGUCAACCUGCUCAGGAAGUACCUGCUGCCUGAGGCGAGCGUCGUGGUGACCACCAGGCUGUCCGCUCUGGACCGGAUCCCUCAGAAAUACGUGAGUCGUUAUGCUCAGAUCUGCGGCUUUAAUGACCCGGACCGUCAGCGUGCGUACUUCACCAGCCGCCUCCUGCAGCAGACGGGUGAGACGGCACGAAACCACGAGGCUCAGGCGCUCAUCGAGCUGCUGUACCUAAACCUGCAGAGAGAGAGCCAGCUGGGCGCCGCCUGCUUCCUGCCCUCCUACUGCUGGCUCACCUGUGCCACCUUACACUUCCUGCACUUCACCGACACUCAGGCGCCCAUCCGCACGCUCACUGGCAUCUACACCAGCUUCCUCAGACUCAACUUUGGGGGGGAGGUGCUUGGAUCAAAGACAGGGACCAAUGUUCAACUCCAGGAGAACCACAGUUCUCUGAUGCUGUUCGUCGUCCGAACGCUUGGGAAACUGGCGUUUGACUGCGUGACGUACAAACGCACGUCGUUCUCAGAGAAGGAGCUGGAGCAGUGGAUCGGAGGGGAAACCAAGACGGACGAGGAGCUGCGUCAGCUCACCAUGUUCCGUACAGACGUGCUGGACUUCUUCCUGGCACCCUGCUUGGACAGCAGGAAACAUUUACCCAAGGGUGACGGUGAGAACGACGAGCAGCGCUACGUCUUCGCUGUCCCAGCCAUGCAGGAGUACCUCGCUGCGCUCUACGUGGUUCUGGGAGAGAACAAAUCUGCUCUGGAGAAGCUGACCCGGCAGGUGUCUGUGGCCAUCGGUCAGGCGAGCGAAGAGGUCAGCGCCGUUGUCAACAUCUUCUCCAAGUUCAUCCCUCUGAGGAUCUUCGUUUUCAACCUCCUGAAGCUGUUCCCGAAGCUCUACAACAAAAUCAGCGGCUACAACAAAGGAAGCAUAGCCAGGACGAUGGCGUCCGAGAUGUUCCGCACUGAGGACAGUCAGAACGAGGACGUCUUGGACCAGGUGGAGCAAAGCCUGCUGGGAGUCCAUGGGCCGCAGCUGCAGCAGUACAGUGAGGGUCAGCCCUUUGAGCUCUACCCCAUCUUUAUGGGAGGACUGUUGCAUUAUGAGAACCGUGUCCUCCUUCAGCAGCUGGGCUGCAGCAUUCAGAGCACCACUGUGGUCCAGAUCACCCGAGUGCUCAGGAAGUACCUGGUCAGAGAGAUGAGUAAACCUCAGCCCCCGGAGGAGCUCAUGGACCUGCUGGUUCUCCUGUACGAGUUUCAGAACCCCAGACUGACCGCUGAGGUUCUGGCCUCUAUCAGGACCAUCCGCCUCACCAACAUCCGAAUGACGUCUCUCAAGUGUUUCAUCCUGAGCUCCGUGCUCUCAUGCACACCUGCCAGUUAUCACCUGGACCAGAUGGACCUGUCCUCGUGUCUCCUCACUCACGACCAUCUGCAGACGCUGCGACCCGCCUUUAGACACGUGACCGACCUCAACCUGCAGUUUAACAGCCUUGGUCCUGAGUCCUGCAUCCUGCUGAGAGAUCUGCUGCUCGACCCAAAGACCUCCAUCAGAUUUCUACAACUGUGUGACAAUCCUCUGCUGGAGUCGGGGGCCCGCACCCUGCUGGAGGCCCUGCCAGAGAACCAGAGCCUGACCCACCUGUCACUGAUGCACACGGGACUGGGGGACGCGGGGGCCCUGGAGCUGGCUGACCGGCUGCAGAAACAUGCAGGGCUGCAGGAGCUGAACGUGGCAUACAACAAUAUCGGGGACAACGCCGCCCUCGCUCUGGUGGACGCCUGCAGGGAACAUCCCAGCAUCCACACCUUGCAUUUGUACCUGAACCCUCUCAGCAAUGUGGGGAAGCAGUCCCUUUAUGUACGAGGCGUUCCAGAGAGUCAGGGGGGCAGCGGGCGGCGGGUCCGAGUCCUGGCCUCAGUCACCGAAGGUUCUGACCUGUCAGAGGACUGGCACCCGAUCCUCAGCGUGAUCCGAGAGAACGCGUCCUCCUGGGACCGAGAGCGGGUCGAACAGCAGCUCAAGGUGUUCCUCAGGGACCUGGAGUGGGGCCGGCAGCAGCAGCAGAGUCUCUGGAAGAGGCUUCACUUCCGUCGGGUGGAGAAAGGAGUCCGACAGACGUUACGGAUGCUGGAGAAGGACAAACUACCUCCAGCCAGAAAGUAACCAGGAGAAAAUUAAUCAGCAGAGAGACUUUCAGACCUCCACAGUCUCUAAACUGGUCCAGGUCCAUGGCCACGUCAGUUUCAGACUUCAGACCCAGAACAUUAGCUGACCUCUGAUCAGCUGAUUAUCAGCUGAGUGUAAUAAAAGUGAGACUGUGUGAUAAUAAAAACGUUUUCAUUUAAAGCAUCAUCAAUAAAAGUCUCUGA